GCGAUGCUUGUAACAUCAAUCACAUCCAGUGCAUGGGGCGCGUAUCGUCUUCCGUCUAUCAGCUUGAAAGUGCUCUCGCCUCGGGUGUGGGAUGUGUUCUUCUCCGCUCUAUUAUCCCGUAAAAAUCUGAUUCUCUCUUCACAGGAGCUGUGUUGGUAAGUGGCGGUGCUGGACUAGCCAUUUAUUUCCCGUUCGCACACAGACUAAAGUUGGACUUAAGACUUUCAGUGCCACUUUCCCAUGGACAGCACUCGCUAUGAUUUUGGGGGUCGACGCAGCAUCGAAAUGCGUGUGGAUUCCUUUUGGAUACUAUUCAGAAACAAUGUUUAGAUGUUGAUCUUAAAACAAUAAGCCAGUAUCGCUCAGGAAAUCACCCCUUCACAUAUUGAUACACCAAACAAUAUGCGAUUUUGCUUUGGAUAUGGGUCACUUCUUAUGAAAGGAUUCUUCGUGUGCAAGAGAUAGAGGAAUUCACUCUGAAGCCUGUGGACCUAAGCAGGCCUGAGGGCUCUGACAUAUACCAAAUCCCUGCCCAGGGGAACAGGGGAGAUUAAAAACUUCUGAUUGAGGUGGAGAGGAAAGAGACGGAGAGAGAGAGAGGAAGGAGAGAUGGAAAAAAAGCUUAUCACUCACCUUUGUUCUUCCUAAUGCCCCAAGUGAAGGAUCUCCAUAGGCAAGUCUGUGAAUAACAACAACAGGCACAAGAGCAGCUGCCGACCACUGUGGUCAAAUGAUGGAGUGAGGGACUGACAGAGGGGAAGAGGACAGAAUUUUUUCUGCUAAAUAACCAAGCUCAUGUUCUGCAUUAAUUGAAUGCCUGGAAGAGAGAAGAGACAUGAGACAAAGCCUUUUCUGUGCCAACUGUUUCAAAAGGUAUUGCAAUUAACCCUUUGGCCAUCAUCAAGUAAUACCUGGCUUCUGUUUUUUUCUGAUUGCCGGGUUCGGUUGUAGCCGUGUAGAUGUGUGCUCGGGCCGCGGCCAUGUUUCAACCCUCUGCGUGUAAGACGGAUCGGAGAAACCUCACUCUGCCACUGCUGCUGCUGCUUCUCCUCUACAGUUCUCUGAAAGCCACUCAGGCUGCCAAACCCAAAGGGCCGGGACACACACAUUUGAACUCUAUCCGCAUCGACGGGCACAUCUCCUUAGGUGGGCUCUUCCCGGUGCACGCCAGGGGCCACGAUGGCAAGCCAUGUGGGGAGCUGAAGAAAGAGAAGGGUAUACACCGACUGGAGGCCAUGCUCUUUGCCCUUGACCGCAUCAAUAACGACCAUAAUUUGCUGCCUAACAUCACUCUGGGGGCGCGUAUCCUGGACACCUGUUCCAGGGACACUCAUGCCUUGGAGCAGUCGCUCACCUUCGUGCAGGCGCUCAUCGAGAAGGACGGGACGGACGUCAAGUGUCUCGGCGGGGGGGCACCAAUCAUCACCAAACCUGAGCGGGUGGUGGGCGUCAUCGGAGCCUCGUCCAGCUCCGUCUCCAUCAUGGUGGCCAACAUACUGCGCCUUUUCAAGAUACCCCAGGUGAGCUACGCAUCCACAGCUCCAGAGCUCAGUGACAACACCCGCUACGAUUUCUUCUCCCGUGUCGUGCCUCCAGACACCUACCAGGCCCAGGCCAUGGUGGACAUUGUCAAGGCCAUGCGCUGGAACUACGUCUCCACUGUGGCCUCAGAGGGGAACUAUGGAGAGAGCGGCGUCGAUGCUUUCAUUCAGAAGUCUCGGGAGGACGGGGGUGUGUGCAUCUCCCAGUCUGUCAAGAUUCCCCGGGAGCCCAAGCAGGGGGAGUUUGACAAGGUCAUCCGGCGUCUCCGAGAAAACCCGAAUGCAAGAGUCGUCAUACUUUUUGCAAACGAAGACGAUAUCAGGCGGCUACUCCAAGCGGCUAAAAAGGCCAACCAGACAGGUCAUUUUAUCUGGGUGGGUUCAGACAGCUGGGGCUCUAAGAUCUCUCCGGUGGUGCAACAGGAGGAGAUGGCGGAGGGAGCGGUCACCAUCCUGCCCAAGCGGCAGUCCAUCAAAGGGUUUGAUCGUUACUUCAUCAGCCGAACGCUGGAAAACAACAGAAGGAAUAUCUGGUUUGCCGAGUUCUGGGAGAACAACUUCAGCUGCAAGCUCAGCCGUCACGCCGUGAAGAAAGGGUCCGGCCUGAAAAAGUGCACAAAUCAGGAGCGGAUAGGAAAGGACUCCAAUUAUGAGCAGGAGGGAAAGGUUCAGUUUGUAAUUGAUGCAGUCUAUGCAAUGGCUCAUGCCCUGCACAACAUGCACCAGGAGCUCUGCCCGGGAAAGGUGGGCCUCUGCGCUAAAAUGGAUCCGAUCAAUGGCACUCAUCUGCUCAAGCACAUCCGCCGUCUCAACUUUGCAGGCAUAGCUGGAAACCCAGUGCUCUUCAACGAGAACGGAGACGCUCCCGGACGCUAUGAGAUCUACCAAUACCAGAUCAGAAACGAAACACGCGAAUACAAAAUAAUCGGCCACUGGACAGAUCAACUCCAUCUCAACGUCAGUUCAAUGCAGUGGCCCGGUGGUGUCCAUCAGAUCCCAUCCUCCAUCUGCAGCCACCCCUGUCAGCUCGGCGAGCGCAAAAAGAUUGUGAAGGGCAUCCCGUGCUGUUGGCACUGUGAGCGCUGCGACGGCUAUCAGUACCAGGCGGACACCUUCACAUGUAAGAUGUGCCGCUUUGAUUUGCGGCCCAACGUGAAUCACACGGGCUGCGUUCCAAUCCCCAUUGUCAAACUGGAGUGGAGCUCCCCAUGGGCCGUCAUCCCGGUGCUCAUCGCGGUCUUUGGCAUCAUGGCCACCGUGUUUGUGGUGGUCACGUUUGUCCGCUACAAUGACACUCCCAUUGUGAAAGCAUCGGGCCGGGAGCUGAGCUACGUGCUGCUAACGGGGAUCUUCCUCUGUUAUGCCACCACGUUCCUGAUGAUUUCCACCCCUGAUGUGGGAAUCUGCUCCCUCCGAAGGAUCUUCUUGGGGUUGGGCAUGAGCAUUAGCUAUGCUGCCCUGCUCACCAAAACCAAUCGUAUUUACCGCAUCUUCGAGCAGGGGAGUAUGUCUGUCAGUGCGCCCAAGUUAAUUUCUCCAGCCUCCCAGCUGGUCAUCACCUUCAGCCUGGCCGCGGUGCAGCUGCUCGGGGUGUGCAUAUGGUUCGGUGUGGAUCCCUCCAAGGCCAUUAUUGACUAUGAGGACCAGCGGACGUCUAACCCAGUGAUGGCGCGUGGUGUGCUCAAGUGUGACAUCUCUGACCUGUCUCUCAUCUGCCUGCUGGGCUACAGCAUGCUGCUCAUGGUCACCUGCACAGUCUACGCCAUUAAGACCAGAGGAGUGCCGGAGACGUUCAACGAGGCCAAACCCAUUGGCUUCACCAUGUACACCACCUGCAUUAUAUGGCUAGCUUUCAUCCCAAUCUUCUUUGGCACUUCACAGUCCACUGAAAAGGUAAACUUACAUAUGUACAUUCAAACAACCACGCUGACCAUCUCCGUGAGUCUGAGCGCCUCCGUGUCUCUCGGGCUGCUCUACAUGCCGAAGGUCUACGUGGUACUCUUCCACCCCGAGCAGAAUGUGCCAAAGCGCACGCGCAGCCUGAAGGCGGUUGUUACUGCCGCCACCAUGUCCAACAAGUUCAACCCCAAGGCCGGACUCAGACCCAACGGAGAGGCCAAGACCGAGCUGUGCGAAAGCCUGGAAACACAAAAUUACCCAACAAAGCAAACUUACAUCAGCUACAGCAAUCAUGCAAUCUAAGGGACAAAGAUUCUCGUCACAAUUCAGGAUUUACAGAAAAACAUGCAAUGGAGUUUCACACAGCCGGCAUAAGAAAUGGAUGUGUCAUUGUACGGGUCGAGAUCACACUGAGCGUUGCCCAAAGACGUGACGUGGCGAGGAGAGACCACAGGGACCGACAUACAAAGGAACAGAUAACAAUACAAAUGCAAGGUCCCAUCUUCUGUCUGCCUCAAGAGAAUACACACACAAAAAAAGAAAAAUACUUGCAUGGCAGAGGCCGGGAGACUGAUGGAUGGAGCUUUACUUUUAAGUCUUUACAUUUCAGCUGUGUCCUCUUUAGUAGACUUUUUCCGUUAUCUUGAGCUAUGCUGACAGAAACUGAAAAAGAAACCAAGAAUAUGUCCAGGUGUUCUCUGUUUCAUCUGCCAGUUUUGAAAAUCGUAAUCUAUCUGAAAACCCUCCAGGCAUCACAAGGGAACAAUCAACACCGAAAAGGACAAUGGGUGAGGGUUGUAUUUGUUUUUCUUUCUAAAUGUCACCCAGUCUCCGAGUCAAAGAACUGGAAAGGGCGAUCUUCUCAACAACGCAACAAAUCUUUACGGGACUCCAUGUUUUUUGUUUUUUUUCCAGGAUUCAUCAAGAAGGACUCUAAGACGGUCUCUGCCAAUUUUGCGCAUGCCAGUUUCAAAAUCCUGUGUUGUGUUGUUAAAAUAAAAAAAAUAAGAAAAAUAAAAAACAAUAUAUUUGGAAUGCGUUUUAAACUCUGUUGCAGCUUUGUUAACAAUUGUUUGGGUGUGAGCCCGUUGUACGUUGAAAACUGUUCUCAAAUGGUGAAGGUCUAGUGAGUGAUUAUUUAUCUGUGCUUAAGUGAGGCCAUGAUUUGUAUUACCAGCUAGCCCAAGGCUGCCACUGCCCUCCGCGUACCUGUAUGUGCUUUCAAACAGCGGGCCGUGGUUAAAAUCGACCGUAUUUUAUUCCGGAGGUGUAACUGUCAGCUGUCGUCCAGGAUGACCCCCCCCCCUCACUGCCACCAGCUUUUCUCUUGGUCACACGUAGUUUGAGGGUAAAGCUUAGCUGUACACAUCCAUUAGCAGGGGAAUUAAGAUGAAGUAUUCCCUUGAGAUGCAAUAUGACCUGAAGGUGAUAUCCAUAAUGGACCAGCUAUUGAAAAAUUCAUUAAUAUACAUGUCCUCCUCAGGCACUGUUAUGAUAAGGAGGAGGUGUAAGGCUUUUCAAUAGCUACAAAUCUGAUAGCAAAAGUAAACAAUAUCUCUAUUAAUCACUCUCAGCUCGCUGAACAGAUUAAUGGUUGGCUUCGUGAGGUGUAAAAGCCCUCUAACGUCUUGGGGAAAAAACAUAGUGGGUCAUUUGUGUUGUAAAUUCAAUGCUGCUCUUCAUGCCUCCCUCUGUAUUACUUUCAACACCAUUUGUGUUGCAGAAUAAAAUGUGAGUGCUGACCAAAUUAAAUGGCAAGUUAAUGUAUGUUAUUAAAUAGAUUGAUGAUGUCUGCUUUAUGUCCUGACAUAUCCUAAAAUUGGGGAAUAUGUACAAAAAGAUACAGUGCCUGGCUAUCUGAAUAUGUAUU